AGCUUUAUUUUGUACGUUUUGUUUAUUUUUGUAAAAUUAAUCAAAAGUGUUGAUGACGAGUAAAAAUGAAAGAACCAUUCCGAAAUCUAAAGUUAAGAACAGUUCCCAUAAAAAUGACUUGAUAAUCCCCCUCAUCGAUGACUCUGUAAUUGCAAACAUCGACAACAUUAUUACAGCAUUCAAACUUCCACAUCAAGACCUUAAAACUGAAAAUCAAAAUUACAUUAAAAGCUUGAAUGAACUUGAAAAAGUUAAGGAACUGCUUCAAAAAAUUAAUCUUGAGUCAUCUUCAUCAGCAUCGACUGUCAAGUCAUCAAACGCUUCCAUUUCCGAUAAUGAAUUGAUAAGAAACAGCAUAGAGAUGCUUAAAAAUGGCGGAAAGUUUGUAAAGCCAAUAUCAACAGUAAAUUCAUCAUCCAGCACAGCAAGUACAAACAAUUUAGCACCAAAAUUUUCAUUAUCAUCACUCAAAAAUGCCAUAACAGUUUCAUCAUGUAAAUUUAACCAGAAACCAUCAAAAAACAUGCGAAAGGUCACAAGGAAAAGCAGUCGAAGUCUAUUGACUAAAAAGUCGGAAAUGUCAGAACAAAAGACGAGAAUAAAUAAGCAAAAAGUAAAUAAUGAAAAAUUGCCACCAAAAAUAGUAAAAACAUCCUAUGCGACGUGCCGCAUUCAUCAAUACAACGACAAUUCACGUACAUUUGAGAUAAAUAAACCGAGAAGCGUGAGCUGUUGUGGCGACAGCAAUCAUAUUGAAUCGGAAAUUGUAAUUGUUGUGAUGGCGGAUGGCAAUACAGCCCUUUUUGCAUCUGAACAUAGCUCGUUGCUAGACAUGUUUAAUCAUAAUAAGAAUCGCGUGAAAAGUUAAUUUAAUAAAAAACUGAAUUUGUAAUUAUUUUUGUUGGA